AUGCCCGCCUCCGCUGACACCGAGAAGUCCUCACUAGCACUCCUACGCAACUUCAUGAGCCAACUCACGGUAUGCACUGUGCCAACCGUCACGCUCAGCAAGGUGCUCACCAUCGUCGACAAGUGGUACGCGCUGCAUCUCGAGAAGAUGUCAUAUGGGGGGAUUGAGGACUCACGCAUGCUCAGUGGUGGGCUUUUCAACAAGAAUGUUACGCACUCGGCUCCCCUUCGACUGCGGAAUAUCUUUGGCCGUCCGCUUGACUACAUCAAGAUUCUAGCUGAAUUGGUGAUUACAGAGUUUGGUGUUUGGGACAUCGCGCAGUAUGUUUUUUUUUUUUUCAACACCACUGUCACCACCAAACACCCUGUGCACAAGUCCUACAACAGCAGCAUUGCUCUGGAUAUCGUUACCACCGUCGGCAAAGCACGUAAACUCUAA